GCACACUUUUUCUUCAAAGCUUUUUCUCCUCUUGAUUAUAUGGCUACCAAAAGUUAGCCCGUUUCGUAAAUAUUACUGCUCGGUAAAGGAUGGGACUUCUUUGUACUGCAUUGACUUAUCGCAUUAUUUUUGAACAACACGUGUGGCGUUUACUGUCCUGCAGUAAAUUCGAUAGCGUCACAGUGAUGGCCGUGCGUUUCUGAAGACGGUUACCAGCAGGAUACACGUUAGCAACGGUGACAGCUACCUUAGCAACUGCACACCUCCUUCAUCGUUAGGGCUGUCGGCGCAUACAAACGGCUGUGUUACUGUAUUAACAGGGAUACAGAGUAAAAAUGAGGCUGAAGACGUCGUUGCUGAAGGAACCAAAACAUAAGGAGCUUGUCAGUUGUGUUGGUUGGACCACAGCAGAUGAGCUGUAUUCUUGCAGUGAGGACCAUCAGAUCCUCAAAUGGAACCUGCUCACCAAUGAAACCGGCCUGGUGGUCCGACUGCCAGAUGACAUGUACCCCGUUGAUCUACACUGGUUCCCCAAAACCGUUGGUGCCAAGAAGCAGACCCAGGUGGAGAUUUCUGCCCUCACCAGCACAGACGGAAAGUUCCACCUGGUUUCCAAAAUGGGACGCAUCGAGAAGAGUGUGGAAGCGCACAAAGGGGCUGUUUUGGCUGGAAGGUGGAACUACGACGGAACUGCUCUAAUCACAGCGGGAGAAGAUGGACAAAUCAAGAUCUGGUCAAAAAGUGGAAUGCUGCGUUCCACGUUAGUGAGCCAAGGAUGUCCUGUUUAUUCGGUUGCUUGGGGUCCGGACUCUGACAGAAUACUCUACACAUCAAGAAGGCAGCUAAUCAUCAAACCUCUGCAACCCAGCACCAAAGUCAUUCAGUGGAAGGCUCAUGAGGGACUUGUUCUAAAGGUGGACUGGAAUUCAGUCAAUGACCUCAUCCUGUCGGGUGGAGAAGAUUGUAAAUAUAAGGUUUGGGACAGCUUCGGACGUCUACUUCACUCGUCGACCUCCCAGGACUACCCCAUCACCUCCUUGUCCUGGGCCCCAGAUGGAGAAGUGUUUGCCGUGGGUUCCUUCAACACCCUGCGGCUCUGCGACAAGACUGGCUGGUCCUACGCGCUGGAGAAACCCAACACAGGCAGCGUGUUCAACCUGGCCUGGUCUGCGGAUGGCACCCAGCUGGCCGGGGCCUGCGGAAACGGACAUGUCAUCUUUGCCCACCUGGUGGAGCAGCACUGGGAGUGGAAGAACUUUAGCAUAACUCUUACCAAAAGAAGGACCAUGCAGGUGAGGAAUGUACAGAACGAUGCGGUAGACGUGUUGGAGUUCAGAGAUCGCGUCAUCAAAGCCUCUCUGGCGUUCGACCACCUGGUGGUUGCCACUUCCCUCCAGUGCUACGUCUACAACUCCAGGAACUGGAAUACUCCACUCAUCUUUGAUCUGAAGGAGGGAACGGUCAGCCUCAUGCUGCAGGCAGAAAAACAUUUUCUGCUCGUGGACGGAUCCGGAUUGUAUACCUUCUCUUAUGAGGGUCGGUUAAUAUCGUCGCCGAAGUUUCUGGGUAUGAGAGCUGACGUUCUAAAUGCCCAGGCUGUCUCACUUAGCAACGAUACAAUCGCUGUCCGAGACAAGAGCGAUGAAAAAGUCAUCCUUUUCUUUGAUGCCAUGACUGGAAAACCCCUCAGUGAUGGGAAGCCAUUGACUCACAAGCUGGAGGUGCUGGAGAUAGCUUUAGACCAGUGUGGCCCGUCCACAGAAAGGAAAAUCGCUCUGAUUGACAAGAACCGUGACCUGUACUUGACCUCAGUGCAUCAUUUAGGGAAGGAGCCCAAAAUCUGCAAAAUCGGCAGCAUGGUUCACAGCAUGGCAUGGAACGAUUCCGCUAACAUCUUAUGUGGAAUCCAAGAUAUUCAGUUCACGGUGUGGUACUAUCCAAGCGUCGUCUUCACUGACAAGGAACUGCUUCCAAUAACCAUUUACUUAAAGGAUGGCAGCGAGUUUAGUCAUGCACCUCACAUCCUGAGCUACGUUGGCACCAAGGUGACGCUGCGCCAAGGAGAUGGCUCGUUGGUAUACAGCAGCGUCCCGCUUUAUUCAACUCUCCUGCAUGAGUACAGUACCUCCGCACGCUGGGAGGAUGCACUACGUCUCUGCCGCUUCGCCAAAGACCAGUCUUUGUGGGCGUGUCUUGCCUGCAUGGCGAUGGCAAACAGAGACCUGAACACAGCGGAAAUGGCCUAUGCUGCUAUUGGGGAGUUACCAAGAGUGCAGUACAUCAACUUUAUUAAAGAGCAGCCGUCUAAGGAGUCAUCGCUGGCCCACAUGCUGAUGUUCAGUGGUCAUGUCCAGGAAGCUGAAGCAACUCUCCUUCAGUCUGGUCUCAUCUAUCAGGCUAUACAAGUGAAUAUUGACCUUUUCAACUGGAACAGGGCUCUGGAGCUGGCGGUCAAACACAAAACCCACGUGGACACUGUGCUGGCUUACAGGGGGAAGUUCCUGCAGACAUUUGGCAGGAAGGAGACCAACAAGAGAUUCCUGCAGUACUCCGAAGGGGUUGAAGUGGACUGGGAAAAAAUCCAGGCGAAGAUUGAGAUGGAGUUGUUUAAAGAGCGAGAGAAAGCUGCAAACACCUCUGUGAGGGGCAGCGUGGCGUCGCGACAUUUAUAAUAAGGACUCUAAGGUUUUGUUGUUUGUUUUUUUGCUACAUCUGAGUUACACAAAAUCAUUAUAUGAGGUACAUCCUCCAUCACACACCCUGUUGUAAAUAGUGCCAACAUGUCACUUCUUGGCACUAUUCCUCAGCAGCUGUUUUAUUCCAAGCUUUAAACUUCGGUUCUUAUUCUGCUUUGUUUGUCGCUGCUAAAGUUUUCACUUACUGUUCUUUCUGUAAAUACAAGCAAUUUUAUGUGAAUAUAUAUUUGUCUUUCAAGCAAUUUCCUGACUAUUAAUGUUCAAUACACACCUGCUUCGCUCAAACGGUGUGCGCUCUUGCCAUUUGAAAAGUGACUGGAAAAAAAAUAGACCUCUGUUUUAUAUCAUAUUCAUGUCCCAGGGAAACAGGAAGUCAUCAAUUAUUAAAGAAAACCUCAUUGAUACUUGGACUAAAUAAAAAAGUGAAAGCUUCUGUAGUAUGUUGUAAGGAUUGUCAUGAAUGUCAAUAAGAUAAUUUUAGAAAUAUUUUUUUAUCUUGUUCAUUUUUUCCCCUCUGAGUUUGCUUAGAUAAAAGGGUUGGUUUUGUCAGAAAUUUAAACGGUACAUUCUGCCGCAAGUACAGAUAUUUUUAUUACGUAAAUUUAUAUUUUUACACCUAUUUUCUCAUGCAUUUACUGUAGAUUCAUCACUAAAGUUAAGUGUCCAGCAAUUUGCCAUCCACAACCGGCUGUAAAUAAAAAGACGUCAUGUGAAUUUAAACCAUCCAUGCUCCUUCGUUUGGCUUACUUUGGGUCGAUUGGAAAGAGUUACCGUGGUUCAGACGGUCUGCUUUUAUUUAGCUCACAUUUAAAUUGGCAGCUGCAGUCCAGGGUUCAUGAAGGAAAACGGCUCAGUGACUGAUGUGUCAGAUUUUAUCUUUGCUCUGUUCAUUUAACCUGAUAGGUUCAGACAUGUCAGAGUGAAUACUCUCAUGUUCUAAAACGGGUUUUUGUACAUCUAUAUUUUUAUUAUUUAUACAGCCCAAACUCUGUUUUUUUUAAAAAAACACUACAUGGAAUAUGAUUUAAUAAAGCAAAUACACUUA